UCCGCAGAAAAUACCACCCCAACAGUUUUGUCCUCUGCAGUUUGUCCUGUUUCUCAAGUGUUCUGUCUCUCUGUUGUGUGCCUCUGCAAAAGACUGUGUUGAGGUCAUAUUAAUUUCAGAUUGAUCACCCAUGGAUCUUAUGCACCUCACAAGAUAUCGUUUUUUUUUGUUUGUUUGUUUUUGUUUUUUCAAACUCCCCCGCAGCAUUCUGUGUACUCUGUAAUUCAGUCAGAGAGGGCUUUUGCUGGCAGAAACCCUCUAUAUGAUGGAGGGCAUACUGCUCUCUUUCUCACUCUAUCUCAGUUUCUCUCUCUCUUUAUCUGUCUCUCUCCUUCCUUCUUAUCCACAAUUCCUCUUGAGCACUUCUGCCCAUUUCUACAGUUGACAUACUUGCACUCUCGUAGCCUUGUAGAGUUGAGGUGUGACUAUGUUUCGUAGGGCUGCGUCAGGAUCGAUACAUAGAGGUUAUAUUACAGUUCUGUCUGUGCUGUGAAUUUUCACAGGCACCAGCAAAAGCCCUACAAAAGAAAUUCGAUCUUUUUGUUUGUUUGUUUGUUUGUUUUUUACGUUUUCUUUUUUUUUUCUUUUCAUGUCAUGGUAAGUCGAGCCAUUGGUGAUGAAUUGUGAUUUGAAAUGUAAAUCCAAAAAUUAUGAACUCUUGUUUUGUCUAUCUUGAUGUCUUUGUGUGCUUUAUAGCGAAGCAGACGGCACGAGUCGCUUGUUCAUAAAACAGCUUAUGAGAGCACACCCCUCUGGAGAACCGGCUGUGCUUGCUUACAUUUGGUUCAUGACUUAAAAAUACAAGUUCAGGAGUGAUUCCUGAUGAGUCCAAAGCGCUGUCACUGCUGGCUCCAGCCAAUGCUGUCGCAGGACUUCUGCCUGGGGGAGGGCUUUUGCCCACACCAAAUCCAAUUGCGAACAUUGGAGGGGUCCCACUUGGUGGUCUGGGAGGUCCUACUAUGGACCCCAUGGCAGCUUUGGGAGUGCCUGGACCCAAUAUGAACCCCCAGUCUUUGUCUGCAGAGCAGCUUAUGAAGCUGAUGUCCAUGGAUCCAAAGUUAAAUCCCAUGGCUGCCGGACUGGGUCUCAACCCUGCGCUGAAAGCAGAAGCAGCAAGUAAAGAAAUUGAGGAGGCCAUGAAACGUGUGAGGGAGGCACAGUCUCUGAUAUCUGCCGCCAUUGAACCAGGAAAUAAGAAGGACGACAAACGGAAACAUUCAAGAUCCCGUUCUAGAUCAAGGAGGAGGCGAUCCAAAUCUCGUUCAAGGCACAGGAGAUCAAGUAGCAGGUCACGACGGCGCUCUCGCUCAAGGAGUAAGAGGAGAUCCAAGAGUCCUCGUAGGAGGAGGUCCCACUCGAAAGACCGCAGCAGACGCUCUAGGUCAAGGGAUCGGAGGAAAGAUGAAAAAAGCAGAAAACGCUCUAAAACACCCCCCAAGAGCUACAGCAGCGCAAGACGGUCACGAAGCGCCAGCCGCCGACGACACAGAAGAAGUCGCAGCGCCUCCAGGUCACCAAAGAAGUCCAGGUCUCCUAAGAGAAAGAUCUCUAGGUCUCCUUCUCCUAGAAGACACAAGAAGGAGAAAAAGAAGGAUAAGGACAGAGAGAGGGACCGAGAUCGUGACAGGGAAAGAAAGGAUGACCGUGACAGAAACCGUGAAAAACGAGAGCGCUCCACCAGUAAGAAGAGCAAAGAUAAAGAGAAAGACAGAGACAGGAAGUCUGACAGUGAGAAAGGAGAUGUAAAGGUGACACGAGAUUACGACGAGGAGGAGCAAGGCUACGACAGUGAGAAGGAAGAAGAGCAGGAGAGAAAUUCAGAUGCGAUGUCCUCUCCGCCAGCCCAGAACGCCCUGCAGGAGAACGCCGAAGACACGAGGAGAGGGUCGGACGCCAACAGCGAGGACCAGCACGACGAGGACAUGGAUAUGAGCGACUAAAACGGGCCAAGAGCGUUCUUGAUUUGAUUUUACAUGAUGGCAGGUUUCUCUUAACUACUGUAUUGUCUGGUGGAGGAUAGUCUUAAAACUGGUGAAAACACUUCUGCAUUUUAGAGCCAUUUGUUCCCGUCAGACCUAUAACCUUUAUUAUACUGUAUAUUAGAUUAGUCAGUUUUAUUUCUCAUGAAACAGAGUGAUCAGAAUGAGCAUGUGUAGGACUUGUAUCCACUCAAUUGCGUAUAAACCGGCACAAGCAAAGGAAAUAGCCUUCAGUUUAAAACAAGUAUAAAUAUCCUCUGAUUUCAACUUACUGCUUUGGUCCCAGUUUCCCCCAGUUUUUUUGUUUGUUUUGUUUAAUUUUGUACCUCCUAGUCUUGAAAAGUCUUUACAUUGUCAGAAGAGUUAGCCUAUAGAAAUCAAAAUCCACAGCAAUUUAUUUAAUAUGUUUUCCGGUCAUGACUUCAGUGUUUUCUUUGGUGCAUUUUUCUGGUCUGUCCUUAAUCAAAUCAUCCUCUUUUGUGGUAUAUGCUAUACAUACACUCAGCUCCAGUCCAUCUCUCCCUCAUCAUUACUCAUCUUCCAAGAGAAUGUUUCUUCAUUACCACUCUACUGUUUGCAACGUGUUCUAUUAUUCAAAAUUGAG